CGAACAAGAUCCACGAUCCAUAUCAGUGGUUCGCUCUUUCAAUGCGCGUGUCUUCCGACAGCGCUGUAUUUCUCGAUCAAUACAUAUUGUAUAAUAGUUUAGUAUUGAUAACGUCAUGACGUCUUCAGAACUGCGGGCGGAGCUGGAGGAAUGUCUGCGGGGUCUGAACAUCGAGACCAGCUGCGUGGAGCACCCGCCGGUGUUCACGGUGGAGGAGAUGAUGCCCCACCUACAGGAAGUGGGCGGAGCCGUGACCAAGAACCUCUUCCUUAAAGACAAGAAGAAGAAGACAUUAUGGCUCGUGACCGUUCGCCAUGACCGGCAGGUGAAUCUGGGUGACCUCUCAAAGCAUCUCGGUCUGGGGAGUGGAAACCUGCGCCUGGCUGAUGAGGCGGCCAUGUUGGAAAAACUAAAGGUGGGGCGGGGCUGUGCGUCGGCGCUGGCCCUGCUGUUCGAUACGGAGGGCGGCGUGAAGCUGCUUCUGGACGAGGACCUAGUCCAGGGGGGGCACCCGGCAGUCCACCUGCACCCCAUGACCAACACUGCCACCCUGGGCAUGGCGCCCGCAGACCUGCUACGCUUCCUCCAGCACACCGGACACCCACCAAUCCUGCACGCCUUCCCUUAGACCAGGGGAACCCUCGCUGGUUCUACUCAGACCAGAACGGUCGCUGGUUCCACUCACACCAGGAGAACGGUCGCUGGUUCCACUCACACCAGGAGAACGGUCGCUGGUUCCACUCACACCAAUGGGUCCAACAAUCCCAUUAUCAUCACGACCUUGUUUGGAUGCUGUUCUUCAGUAAUGACAAUGUCUACAGGAUGCCUUGACCUGUAGAAAAGGUUUUAUUAAACCUAGUCCUUAAGUCAGCCUGUCCACUCAGUGAGGGCCACGGGAACUACUGGAACCUGUCAGAACUUCUGGUUUGAAGCAAAGAGGGCGGAAAUAAAGUCAAAACCAAACCCUGUUCUAAAACAUUCUGUGUUUCG